AUGACUCAAGAUCUGCUUUAUCGGGGAGGUUUUUGGAUGGAGGGUCGUGUUGACAACUACAACGACAUGGAGGAAAUUAGGAGGAUGCUACGGCAACUUACGGAAUGCGUCGCUCGCAUCGAAGCUCGAACCCAAAUAGGUAAAAGUUCUGACGGGGAGAGAUGCGUGAACCCUUAUUUGAAUCGAGUAGCUCGCAUCGACACUUUAAGCCGUGGGAGUCUCGACGGGGAGUACGAGGGGGAUAGCCCUUUUCAUUAUUGCGCUUCGCUGUGUGAGUCAAGUGAAGAGGGGCACGAUUAUUCUCAUUGUGUCUUUGAAGGAAGGUUUCAAUUGUAUGCUAAAAGAUCCAGAACUAAUAUGAAGCAAUUGAAGAUUCUACUCGGAUUUUCCUCAAUCAAAGGCUUGAAUUCGAGGACGAAUUCUUUCCAACCAGGGGAGUCUGAUGCAGGAGCAUAG